ACUCCUGAGAGAGCUGGCAUGAAGGGGGCUGGAGCAAUCUUCUCCAUCUCCAGGCUCUGACCCAUCUGUCUCCUCUCAUCUCUCCACAGGUCCCGGAUGCCAGGCCCUGUCGUUAGAAAGGGGUCCACCAUCCCUGACGGUGAACUUGGGUGAGGAGGCCGUCCUCACCUGUAAGAACGACGGCAAGAACCCUAAUAUCACAUGGUGGUUCAGUCUCCAGUCCAACAGCACAUGGCCCCCAAUGCCACUGGGUCCUGGCCUGGGUCCCAUGGGCAAGCUGAUCUUCCCCGAAGUUAACAAGAGCCACAGGGGCUUGUACUGGUGCCAAGUGAUAGAGAGCAACGUAGUAAAGCGUUCCUGUGGCACUUACCUCCGAGUGCGCAAGCAAGUCCCGAGGCCCUUCCUGGACAUGGGGGAAGGCACCAAGAACCGCAUCAUCACGGCAGAAGGGAUCAUCUUGCUGUUCUGUGCAGUGGUGCCAGGGACGCUGCUGCUCUUCAGGAAGCGGUGGCAAAAUGAGAAGUUUGGAGUGGACAUGCCAGAUGACUACGAAGAUGAAAAUCUCUAUGAGGGCCUGAAUCUUGAUGACUGCUCUAUGUAUGAGGACAUCUCCAGGGGACUCCAGGGCACCUACCAGGACGUGGGCAGCCUCCACAUUGGAGAUGUCCAGCUGGAAAAACCAUGACUGACAUCCCCCCACCCUCCCCACUCCCUGUCCUGCUGUGCUGUCUGCCCCUGCCUGCCCUAUGCCCAACUCCAGAAUCCCUGCCCCUGCUGCUCUUCCCCUGUGCUUGUCCCUCUGGAGUGUCCCACCCUUGCCUCCAGGCUGCCCCGCCCUAUUCUCGUCCUUCCCCCUCGGGUUCCCUCCCUAGUGGGUAAUGAGCCCUUAAUCGCUGCCUCUAGGGGAGCUGAUUACAGCAGGCUCGUUAGUGUCACCCCCUCCUCCCAGAUCUGUCAUGGCCACUUAAGUGAUAAUAAAUCCUUCCCAAAGCA